CGCCUCCAACCGCGACACACGUACCGUCUACACAGAAAUGAAACUCGAACAAAACCAACAAAACUCAUAAACGCGUACCCAAAAACAUGUACUAAAAAUAUCCUCGAAAAUUGUAAAAAAAUCACCCUUUGUAACUUAAGAAAUGAAAGUGAAAACUACAGUGCACUGACCGAGGCAACAUGUUGAGCGAAAAUAGAUGGAAAGUUAUACUGCUGGUAGUGGCGUCUGUGGCCGCUGUCGAGCCGAGCCGGGCGCUCAGCCUAGUCUACCAGAAACCGUAUAAAAACGUCAUGUUUGUGCCCAAAAAUUUGUAUCGAAGAACCAGAGCAAGACAGUCUAGAGUCCUAUUUCUAGACGAAGACGAAAACCAUCAGCCGUUUGGCAAGGGUGAAAUCGAUUUGACUCUGGACAAGAAUUACUCCAAAAUCAAGUUCGAUGACCAACCUGAUUACGAAUUCACGUCGCCUGAUGAAGGAUCAGAAUUGAAGAAGUUGAAUGAAGACUUACCUUCGGGGAAUGAGAGGUUCUAUGAACCGUUGCCUCGGUUUCGACCUUAUUCUAACCAUCCUCAUUACUACCAAGGGCGGUUUGGCAGGACUUAUGCUCCCAACUAUGCCUUUGACUACCCAGUCGCUCCCUUCGCUCCAUCUGUUCGUAACGGCUUCUACCCUGGAUGGAAGCCGAGGAGUCCUCGUGUAGUCUUUCCUUAUGCGUCAGAAAGUGUAAAUUCAGUGCAGACGAAUUCUCACGCGGGACCAGGUGGAUUUAAUGAUAAUGUGGUGUUUCGUGAUCAGAAUUUCGGUUUGAAUGACGUUGGUGAUGAACAGGCCUUGCAGGACAUUGGAACUGGCAGUGGUGAUGGAUUUGCUGAAAGGGAUGCCAACGCACCACAGCGAGCUCAAACCACAGACUAUAAAAUUAAAAGAAAAAAGCACACGUUAGAAAAACCAAUGUUCAUACAAACGGAUGUGCGAACACCCUUGAAAAGAGGCGAUUUGUACGAAUUCCCAAACGUGACUAACAGAUUGGCAGAUCUGCCUAAAUUCAAGCCGAUUUCCGACGAGCAGAUGCUCAAAAUCAACGAAAUACUCGAUAGUUUGCCUUCUAGAUUACCUAAGAGAAAAGGGCGAGUUUUGACCAACCCUCAAACGGUUAUAAAAACGCCAGCAUUGGCUACAGAAACGGUCGUACAGUCAAACGACAGACAAGAUGGAAAACGAUGUCCUCAAGGCGGGACAUGUGAGUUUUUUUUCUACUGUUGGAUGGUCGGAGGCUUAUUAGAAGGCUCGUGUGGGAGCCUUUUAAAAGGAUGCUGUCACAGAGUGGCUAAAGCCGGGAUCUUGGGUGUACAGGACUCGAAUAGUCUUGACGUGAGCAGUGAAGGGUUGAGUUACGGACCUGUGGUCAAUGAUGAAAGCUGUGGCAUAGCAGUAAGCAAGCAAACGGCACAGCGGCGUAUCGUCGGCGGCGAUGACGCGGGCUUCGGGACCUUCCCCUGGCAAGCCUACAUCAGGAUAGGAUCCUCAAGAUGCGGAGGUUCGCUGAUAUCCCGUCGCCACGUGGUGACAGCCGGUCAUUGCGUUGCGCGCGCGCAGCCACGCCACGUACGCGUCACAUUAGGAGACUAUGUCAUCAACUCUGCUGCAGAACCUUUGCCGGCUUACACUUUUGGCGUGAGGACUAUAAAAGUGCAUCCUCUCUUCAAGUUCACGCCUCAGGCAGAUCGGUUUGACGUGGCUGUGCUGACGUUGGAUCGCAAUGUGCAUUAUAUGCCGCAUAUAGCCCCAAUCUGCUUACCGGAACGCGGUUCCGACUUCCUGGGGCAGUACGGCUGGGCGGCCGGGUGGGGCGCGCUGAGCCCCGGCUCACGGCUGCGCCCGCGCACCCUGCAGGCGGUGGAUGUGCCGGUACUGGAUAAUAGGGUCUGCGAGAGGUGGCAUCGGGCUAAUGGUAUAAACGUGGUAAUAUACCCUGAAAUGCUUUGCGCUGGCUACCGAGGCGGCGGCAAGGACUCCUGCCAAGGCGACAGUGGGGGGCCCCUGAUGCUGGAGAGGUCAGGCCGCUGGUACCUCAUCGGCGUGGUCUCCGCAGGCUACUCCUGUGCCAGCAGAGGCCAGCCUGGGAUCUACCAUCGAGUGGCUCACACGGUAGACUGGAUAUCCCAUGCUACUACGCUGUCAUAGCAUCGAUUGAAGUGAAUAUCGAUUAUCGAUAAGACUUUGAGUGCUUCUCUAUUGCGUGUGAGUUCCGUUUCUGGAAUUUUCUGUGUAAAUUUUUUUGUUGUUGAGUUUGGAUAACUUUUAACCUCUUGAAUGCCGCUAAUUAGAGAACAAUAGAAUAUCCAUUGUGUCUCGCGUAAAUCUGCGCACAUACAAGGGGUUAAGGCACAUUUUGAGUGGGUUGUACUAAAUGCAGUGGUAACUAAAUAUAAUUAAAACUGCCUAUUUCUUUAUGUUAAUCAGUUGAAUCAAAUUGAUCUGAUUUAAGAAACUGAGUCAUGUUUAAAUUAUAUUUAGUUAUAUUGCCUUUUAGAGGAGUAUCGUGCCUCAGAGAUUGGUUCAAUAGAACGAGAGUGACUUACUGACUUACUGAGGAACCAAUGUCGUAUUCAGGAAACCAGAUGUAGUAUACAUUUCCAAAAGUAAGGUUCUUGAAGACUAUGCAAUAAUGUAUUGUGAAACUUGACAGAUUUGAGAAAAGAAGAAAAUGGAUAAAUAAAA